AUGAAGUGGCUCUGGCUCAUGGGGCUGGUGGCUGUUGCUCAGGGCCUGGUGACCAAGGUGAGCCUGAGGAAAAGGAAGCCCUUGAGACAAACCCUCAUGGACCACGGCUUGCUGGAGGACUUCAUGAGCAAACAUCCCCCCUCUCUGGCUGCCAAGUACUUCCCCACUGCAGCCACCACCGAGUUCCUGACAAACUACAUGGAUCUGGAGUAUGUGGGAACCAUCUCCAUUGGCACCCCGGCCCAGGAGUUUGCCGUCCUCUUCGAUACUGGCUCCGCCAACCUGUGGGUGCCCUCGGUAUACUGCUUCAGCGAUGCCUGCGCUGAUCACCGGCGCUACAACCCAGCGCUGUCCUUCACCUAUCGCGGCACUACUGCCACCGUUUCCACCUGGUACGGCACUGGCAGCAUGACGGGCUACCUGGCCUAUGACACCGUCCAGGUUGGGGGCAUCCAGGUGCCCAAUCAGAUCUUUGGGCUAAGCAAGACUGAGCCCAGCUCCUUCCUCUACUAUGCACCUUUUGACGGCUUCCUGGGGCUGGCCUUCCCCAGCAUCUCUUCCUCCAGAGCCACCCCCAUUUUUGACAACAUGAUGAGCCAAGGCCUGGUGUCCCAGGAUCUUUUCUCCAUCUACCUGACUCCCGACGGGAAGAAUGGCAGCUUUGUGAUGUUUGGUGGCAUCGACGACACUUACUUCACCGGAAACCUCAGCUGGAUCCCCCUGUCCGCAGAAACCUACUGGCAAAUCAAAGUGGACAGCAUCACCAUGUACGGCCGCCCCAUCGCCUGCCCUUACGGCUGCCAGAGCAUCGUGGACAGCGGCACCUCACUGGUGGCUGGACCUGCUGCCGGCAUCAACAACAUCCAAUAUGAAAUUGGUGCUGCACAGGCCAGCAAUGGCUUGUCCAUGGUGAGCUGCAGCUUCAUCAGCCGCCUGCCUGACAUCAUCUUCAUCAUCAACGGCGCCCAGUUCCCACUGCCGCCCCAAGCCUACAUCCGCCAGCUACAGGACGGCUCCUGCUUGAGUGGCUUCGGGGUCUUCGACUUCCACACAGCAGCAGGUGAGCUCUGGAUCCUCGGGGACAUCUUCCUGCGCCACUACUACAGCGUCUUCGACAGGGCCAACAACAUGGUGGGGCUGGCGCCCGCAGUGUGAA